AUGUACAAAUGUGAAUAUGAGGGUCCGCGGGGACGUUCUAGAUUACAUGUCCAGCCUGCAUUCCCCGAUGACCACCCGUCGUUCAGUGACUCCUCGCCACAUGGCGCUUCUUCAAAUUCACAGCUUCCUUGUGCUCCCAGGGUCAAUGCGAGCUGUGCAACUCUAUCGUCGGAUUUAGACAACUACAGUACUCUUGAUGCGACGGAACUUGACCUUCUCAGUCACUAUCUCACGCAUACUAGUCAAAAUAUCCCUUUCGACGAUCUUGAUCACUAUGCACUGUCUGUCGGCAUUCCAAAUAUCGCUUUCAAGAGCAGACCUGUUAUGUCAUCCCUGGUCGCCUUGGCAGCAGCAUGCCAGUGUCAUGAUCUAGUCAAGUCCAAUACGUCUCUGGAAGAGCAGACCGUCAUUAAGAUACAGGAGCUGCUCAUGCUUGCCGAACGUCAUCACACGAGCUCUCUGCAGCACAUUCAAGUGGCCAUGGCACAGUCAGAUUGCUAUGACAACAUCCUCGCAAAUGCGGCACUAAUGGUUUUGUACGCUUCUGCUAGUCACUCUGUCAGAGUUCAUUUGGCUACCAGCGCAAAGCGGAGUGGCCAGAAAAUGCCGGAUCAGUUGCUUCCACAACACUCACAGUGGAUGUCAUUUACUCGCGCAGCUCAUAUGGCAUCCACCGCAAUACUCGAUGGAAUAGUUGAGAGUAUGACCAAUAUUCAUGCAAAAAUACAUACUCCAAGUCCGACAAUCAACACACCCGCAUUGCCGAACCAGCAUUUAACUGGCAAUGUUGCCUUGUCGCCACAAGAUGGUCCGACCGGAAAGACAAGGCGCCUGUUCCUUCCAUUAGUCGUUUCUACAUACACGCAAGCCCUCGAAAUCCUACGGGGAAAAGCCAAAUCUACAGCUGCGCUCUUUGAAUUGCUUGAAGCUUCCACUUGCAAUCAUCUACCGCUUGACGCUUGCUUGAAAGCGUUAUCUGUCCUUGAAACAUGUGCAUCGGAUGCCCUGUCUACAAAGAAGACUUUUGAGAGGCAUAAUAGCCCCAGAUUUGAGCCUUUGGAACUGAAACACAUAAAAAAAGUCUCACCCUGGGUUGGAGAAUACAUGGCCAGUGUUACUUCAAUAAAGUCGCCGAAAGCACUACGGCGAACCAUUAUGUCGUUCUUAAACAAAGCGCCGGCCGAAUUCCUUAAUAUUGUCCAGUCAAUGCUAGAUUCUUCAUUCGCAGAGGCUGGCAUUGAAAAUAUGAUGUCGCCAAACUCCCCCGAGCCCCAAACUCCUUUGUUAAAUUCGACGCGCCUAUUGAUUAUGGACAUCUUUGCUCAUUGGCUCGUUCUUGUCAUGUUAUUGGACGGCGUGUGGUGGAUUGGUGGAAUUGGACAAUGGGAGCUGGGCCGAGUUAUCGCUUUAAUAAAGCCUCAGGUCUCGCUUCACCAGCCAAUGGAUACCAGGGAAACCUGGUGGCCAGAAAGCAUGCACUGUGUAAAGCUGGAACUGAGUCCCUGUCUCUAG